GAAGAUAAAUCUCUUUAUGCUUUUAUGAAUAUAAGAUAUAUAGCUGAAACAGAAGUAUUAACAGAUAAAUUAUUUGGACACAAUAAUACUGGUGAUUCUGCGUUAGUUGAAAAUCUUUAUAAACAACAUCCUGAUUGUCAUACCAAAUUUUGUACAGCUUAUAAGAAGAAUUCUUAUGCAAUUUCAACACAACGUGUUAGUGCCAUGCCUGGAAAUGUCAUCACUGGUCUUCGUUACCGUCUAGAGAACAAAGUCAUCUACAUGGAUAUUCAACAAGGAAAAUACAUGGAUAUCCUUUCAGUUGAUCCAGCUGUACCAGUAUUUUGGACAAAAACACCUGAAAGUAAUGAAAUUGCAUAUUUAGGUGCUAAGCUAAAGAAAAUCGAAUUAGGUGACUUUUCACUACCAGAAAAUGGCAUUUUAACAUCAAUUCAAAUGAAAAAAACCACAUUCCGAGGUGGAUUAAUAAAAUUCAUAACUAAUGGCUUUAAUCCAUUAGACAACAAAACAGUUACCUUUAUGAACAGUGAAUUGGAAUUAAAUGAAAUCAAACUUGAACACGCAGAUGAUCCAAAAUAUGUUAAUGAUACCAAAAAUUUAAUUUCAAAACCUCUUGGUGCAGAUAAACGUUAUUCGGUCAGCUUCCAACCAUCAGAUUUUGAAAAAGACUUUGGUCAAUCAACUGUUCCACUUUUGGAUACCAGAGAAUGUGUUUCUUAUCCACCAUCACCGCUAAAUGGUAUUAGAUUGUAUCAUGAAGCUGCUGCAGGAUCUGGUGGUUUGAUUGCAAUAAGUUUGAUACAACCCGAUAUGUCAAACCUACUUGAUUUCAAACAAAUUGAACAAGCAACUGAUACUCUUUUUAAGCUUGAUUGAAUUUAUCAUGUAAAUAGUUAAUUUUUUUUUUUUUAUCUAAUAAAAGUUGCAAU